GGCUCAUAGCCCCUUCCCAUCGUGGGGUUGAAGCGUGGAGCAGGCUGCGCAGCUUUGACGCGGGCCAUGCAGAUCAAGGUCUUCUACAGUGCUGAUAGUAAGAGCGCCUUGCUGGAUGUCCAGCCCUCCGACACGGUCAAGGCGGUGAAGCAGAAGAUCAUCGCCCUCUACAGCCCACCGGACUGGGCCAACACGGCGCUUCUGUCCACCAAGGGCUCCACGGACUACUUGGAGAACAGGAAGAGGUUGGCGCAGUGCGGUGUCGAGGACGGUGCGAGCCUGAAAUUCGCGUACGCGAGGAACUUGAAUCUCAUGGAGAAGGUGGAGCUGAGCUGCCAGGGCGUCAAGACGGAGACGUACCAGCUGCCAGCGAUGUCCAUCAGUACUUUGCCCCCGCAGCUGGCAGCGUGAGGGUGCAGUUUCAUCCAAGAAAGACAAGAUAUGGGACA